AAUACUUUAUCGAUUCAAUUAGUUCAAGUUGUUAUCUUGCUGCUGUUGGAAUCUGUUGUUGCAACAGAAAACGAUACAGGUGUGUAUAAUUUUUUCACUUUUUUUACUUUUUUGUAUGUAUGCAUGCGUGCCUUUUUGGAAAUUUACAUUCAACUUGUUCUUUAACAUAAAUGAUUGAACAGGUUUUUACGAAUACUAGGGUGAAUUAAAAAUGUACGAAUCAUAUAUAUAUGAAUGACAAGAACAGUUAAUAUAUAGACUUGUUCGUACAAAUAUAUGCCUGUCCUAUCUAUUAAUUAAAAUGCCUUGAUGCAUGACAAGGUGGCAAUUUGUAACCCUAUCUAGAAAAUUUGGCUUCGAUUUCAUGCACAAAUCAAGAAUGUUUGAUGUACCGGGGAUCAUGCUCGAUUACUAUAGUAGGUGUUAAAAGACAUUGGAUGGGUAGGAGAAAGUUGAAGGCUCAUGAAAUGUUCAGUUCGUGCUAUGUGGGGUUCUUCCUUUUGUUGCAGUCUUGCUGGGAGGGAUGUGUGAAAAGACAAAAGAAAAAAUCUGGUACAUAAAUAACAAAUUGUGAAAAGAUAUUGUAUGAAGAAAUUUUGUAAUAGAGAUCAUCGUAGAGAAACAGUAGUUAUUUAGCUUUAACGGUGCAUGUUGGAAAAUGUAUUUUCUUUUUAUAGUGAUUCAUGUAUAUCCAUAAGGCACAUUUCCACUCAAGAAAAAUUUCUACUGACAGAACAUUUUCCGAAAAUAUUAUUGUUAAAAUUUUCAACUUCUACAUUAUUUUCCGACGGAAAAUUUGUGUCGCCAAUCACAUUUUACAAAAAUUUCCUUUCACCGGAAAAUUUUCCCGAGUGGAAAUGGCCCUUAUCAUAAUUAUAACUAACAAAGAUCAGGGAACGCGGAACAGGCUGGGAGGCCAUCCCCCCCCCCACUUUUUCGGCAGAUAAUAACAAAUUACUGGAUAAAAUCCAGCCUGCUUGCGUAGAAUAGCUCCCGUACUAUCCUGUCCCCCCCCCCCAACAUUUAAACAGGCUCCGCGGUCCCUGUCAAAGGUUGUAAUCGAACGGAAACAUCAUACCAUGUAUAUAUGUCGGAAAGAAUUAAGGGGGGUGUAUAGUUUUAAAUAUUUGGGGAGAUCUUUAUUUCUCAGAGUUCAACUGAUAUAAGAAAGAGGGGUCACAUGAGAUUUUCAUAUAGGAAUGAGAUAAGAAUCUUCCACUCCACCCCAGGGUAGUGACACUGAAAUUUUUUUCUGUUUACGUUUAUAGUCGUUGUGGUUCAGACCUUGGCUGGAAGUGUGGCAGGUAAAGUUGAAGAAACAAAACUUCAUGGUAUAUUUGUUGAAAAAUUCCUCAAUAUCCAUUAUGCCGAAGCACCAGUAGGGAAGUUAAGAUUUAUGAAACCUUGUGCUAAGAAACCUUGGAAAGGUAAGAGUCUCAUUUUACAGUCCUUUCUUUUUUUUAUCUUUUAAAUCUCAUUACUGUUUAUGGUGAGAAAUGGCCCCGGAGAGUUAUUGCAACAAAUCUUAUUUGUAUAGGUAAUAGCAUGGUUUCGAAUGCAAUUUGGAUAUAACAAUACAUGCACGAGUGAGUUUUUCAGAGACCUCAAAAUAGCACGAGUCCGACGGAAGGACGAGUGCUAUUUGAGGUCUUUGAAAAACUCACGAGUACAUGUUUAUCCAAAUUUCACGAGAAACCAUGCUAUUACUUAUUAAUAAUUUACUUAAAAAUGUUCCAGGCAAUUGUAGUUUUUACUUACGCGUUUAUAGCGAACAUUCCACUGGCGAAGUUUUCUUGGCUUUGUUAUAUCAUAUUAUGCAAUGCCAACAACUUGAAAAUUCCACUCAAGUGUAUGUUUUCAAAUUCCACUCAGUGUAUGUUUUUAAAUUCAGUGUAUUAUUAAAUUAAAUUGUAUUAUUUUUAAAUUGUAUUAUUUUUAAAUUCCACUCAGUGUAUGUUUUUAAAUUCAGUGUAUUAUUAAAUUAAAUUGUAUUAUUUUUAAAUUGUAUUAUUUUUAAAUUCCACUCAGUGUAUGUUUUUAAAUUCAGUGUAUUAUUAAAUUAAAUUGUAUAAUUUUUAAAUUGUAUUAUUUUUAAAUUCCACUCAGUGUAUGUUUUUUUAGUCUUGUUUAAGGUAAAGGCUUUUCCAUUUAAAAAUAGAGAUACAAGCCAUAUUUUCCACGCGAACUGGGACCGUUAAUUCUUUAAAUUGAUCGGUUUUAAACUGAUUGGUUGUUUUUAUCAUCACAAUGUUUUUCCAACAGUCAGAUCAGUUUGCUACAGUACGUUUUUGCACUUUGAUUACAGGAUAUUGCACUGCUGUUUGGGAUUACUACACUGAAAUCAACCAAUCGGAGUCGAGUAAAAAAAUUGCUAUUUAAUUAUUAUAGGUUAUUUUACAAAAUCUUAGAACCUUAUUUUUAACGAAUAAAAUCCUAGAUAUGCUGAUUACAAAAAAUUUCUUUCAUAAUAUUUUUUCAUAAUGUUAUUCAUAUUACCAGGGGUGGAAAAGGUAUCGGAACCUGAGAACCUAGUUACCAGAAAUUUUUUUUAGAUGAGAGUUUGCAGAAGAUUUUUCAGAAAAUAUUUCAACAUUUUGAGAUAACUCUGUUUACUCAACUUUAUACAAGUUACAACUAUUCUACUAUAAUUACACUGUACACGCUAACAUUAGCAGCUUUUAAAUAUUUGACAGAAAUUAAUUCUUUUGCCACCCCUGCCAUCACAAUGAGGUAAAAUGGUAAAUAUAUGCUGGAAUGAUGGAAUAAAGUGAUGGAAUAAAUAAGAUGAUCGGACACUUAGUUAAGUGUUAGAUCCUUACUAGUUGGUCAUAACUCAUAACUGUGGUACAUAACAGACAACUAUUGCGAUGUACGAGCAUACGAUUAAAGUACAAAUAAUACAAUAAUUAUGGAUUGGUUUUCUUAUUUUUGUAACUGUAACUGUAACUGUAACUGUAACUGUAACUGUAACAUUGCAAAUUUUGUCCAUCCCUGCUUGUUACAGUUUCAUUUAUUAUUUCAUACAAUACACAAUAUAAUUUAACAACGCUUUUCUAUACUAGCUAGUGAUGCUGACUCUCUUGGAAAUUAGAUAGCAAAAAAUUCUACUUUAGGGAGAAACCAGGCCUAGGCUUCAAACAAGUCCGUAAAAUAUGAAAAUAAGUGUUUUGAAUAAAAAUACAUUUUCUAAGGUUAUAGUUGUUUUUUUCAGACCAUGAUAUGUUUCUGCUUUGGUUUUUGAGGACUCUUGAAAAAGCCAGACGAUACGCCAAUCGCGUGCCCUCAGGGAAUUAAAGUUCCUUACAUAAUGAAAGAAGAUUGUCUCAUACUGAAUAUCUGGACACCACAUCCAAGACACAAAUCUGCUGCUGUCAUGGUAGGACACUAUUUGUUUUAUAAAUUGGCAUUUUCUUCCCUUUUAGAUGCUUUGAAUAAAGUGGAAAAUAUCUAUCUUCUGCAGGAGCAUCUUUCAAUUUCUGAGCAAUGA